AUGGGAGAUGAUAGUAACGAGGCGAGCUUCCCAUCAUUUUCAUCGUUUCCCACAAGCUUUACAUCUACCUACCAGAAGAAGCCCGCAGCUCCGCAGAUAGAGGAAGCAGCUUCAUCCAAACGUAAAGCGAAGGAUGAAUCCAGAGAAAAGAGACAUAAAAAGAAGCAGAAACGUGACCAUAAAGAUCGGGAUCAUAACUCGGAUGAAGAUCGUGAUGUUGAGCUUAACAACCUGCCACCAGAAGACGCUCUACCCAUUCAAAUCGAUCGGAAAGGCGACUCUGCUAAUGCGACGUAUGGAGUCGAGAGCAGACACAUUUUGGAUUUCAAAAGAUAUGGAGAUUCUGUUUUGGGUGCAGACGACAUUUUUGUCAGUCAUAAGGACUCUAGAGAUCGAAAGACGGUUGUUUUGAUCUCAAGGCAUCCUCGUACACGUGAUUCUUUUCAAGACAGAUACGACCAAUUUCGACGAGCUCUACGUGCGCCAGCCAAGCAAUUCGUACCUGGAUCUGGAACUGUAGAUGUCCAUGUAGUUAAACCAAACGAGGACUUUAUACCAUUUGAAGACGAUGAGGUGUCGACAAGUCAUCCUUUACAGCUGGCAGAGAUUCGAGAGCCGGUCGUCGCUUCUUUAACAGAAAAUGCUCCAUCCGCUCCGGAUGGAGAUGCCGUGAAAGAAGAUCAAGUUGUUCGGCAGACACUGGAAUACAAUCGUCGGUUGAAGGACAAUCCUUACAAUGUGGAUUUAUGGCUAGAAUUUGCUAAAUUCCAAGAAUCUACAUUCAAGAACAAAGGAACCCGUAGAUCUACAGCAUUUGAACGCAAACUCUCGAUUUUGGAUAAGGCCUUGUCUGAAAUGCCUCAUGACGAGAGUUUGUUGCUAGCGUAUAUGGAAACUACUGUAGAAAUACCUUGGGAGUCCAAAGACAUCCUCGCAAAAUGGGAUCAAGUAUUACAAUCCAACAAACUGUCGCACAAGUUAUGGGAUCGAUACAUUACAUUUCGAAUGACCAAUGAAACAGCAUUCACAGUUCCAGAUUGUAUGGAAGUCUUUGCUGAUUGCAUCAAGACUUUGAAUGAUGAAACAGAACUCGAUCGUGGAGCUACAGAGCAACUUCUCAGUCUGAAUUUGACUCGUGUUUGUUACUUUCUUGCUCAGGCUGGAUAUGUUGAGAGAGCCAUUGCAUGUUUCCAAGCCAUGGUGGAAUUGUCGUGCUUUUGUCCAGACUCGCUACGAGAUAGUUCGUUUGGUGAAAAGCUACGUGUUUUUGAAGGCUUUUGGGAGAGUGAGAUGCCAAGAGCUGGGGAUGAGGGUGCUGUUGGUUGGGAUUCUACUGAUAUUCGAGCUGCACCACCUACUUUCAAAGCUGAGGAAGAUUGGGCUAUGGAUGUUGUGGAUGCUUCGGAAAGGUCUCAAGAAAAGAAGCUCUGGAAGCCACUCCGAGAUGUAACCAGUACGUUAAUAACUCUUAUGUUGUUUUUCAUGGUACGAAAUACUUACAAGCUAUGUCUGAGUGCAGCUGCAGAUGACGUUGAAAGAGUCGUCUUCUUCAACGACAUUCAACCUUUACUGUUCGACCCCACAUUACCCAGCACUCGAUCAGACAUCGUAUACGCUUUUCUCAACUUUUUGGGCAUACCAUUAAACAAUUUCGGAUCAAAUGAUCCAGUCAUGUUGGAUUCCCUCAUUCACACUGAAUGUAUGCUGUGGCCAUUAUUGGGAGACAAGCCCAUUUCCAGCGUUGUGGUAGGAACAGAAGAAGAAAUGUUGUGGAAACGGCCUAUUGCAUAUGAGUUUCCUAUUCGAGCUUUUCCUGCCUCGGCUACUACUAUAUUUGCCAUGCAGAAAUGGUUUGUAGUGUUGAGGAGGAACGAAGUGGAUGGGAUUGAGAGAGCUGCGCCUGGGAAAGUUGACUUUAUCAGGAAAUUGUUUGCGCUUGUUAUGCCAGUCUUUUCGGGAGAUGCGAUUCUUCAAAGCUCAUAUCUGUUGUUUGAAAGUUUCAACAACCCUCAAAGUGCCUACAAGCUAGCCAAACAGUUGCUAAAGAAUGAUCGUAUGAAUCUAGCUUUAUGGAAUGCGUAUGCUCAAACUGAGCUAUUGCGGGACAAGAUUGAAGAGGCUCGUCGUGUAUACAUGAAUGCUAUACCUUUGUCACUAUCAACCGAGGCACUCAAGGAGGAAUCUGCCUUCUUAUAUCGAAUGUUGGCUGAACUUGAAUUGAAAGUUAACCCUGCACGUGCUGUUGCUGUGGUAUUGAGUUGCGCAGAACAGCAAUCAACCGUCAAGUACGACGAAUUUGAUCAAAACACAUAUCCACCAACACGGAUUGUCAAAGCUCAAAAUAUACUGUCUCAGCAAAUCACAUCGGGUCUAUCAACAUCGGACCCCGGCAAACUCCUCCAUCCAACCAAAUCACCUCUCCACAGUAUCUAUCUCAAAGCACUAUUGGAGAGCAUCACGAAAAACAUUGAAGUCGCAUGCUCAACAUACGAAGACGCUCUCAAAAAUCUCCAAAAUCGAGACAUGAGUGGUGGUAUACUGGAAGAAAUGAUGUAUGAAGAUUAUACCCACGUUAUACAUCGACACAUGUUGGACGGAUCAGUUGGGUUUCGACCAUCGAUACUGCGAAAUGUGGUUGAACGAGCACUAGGCCUGUUUCCACAUAAUAUUAUCUUUCAUAGUUUGUAUGUGUUGAACGAGUCGAGGACUCAGAUUGAAGGGAGAGUUAAGAAACAGUUGCACGAGUUUGAAAACAGAAAUCCAUCACAUGUCAUAUGGUCUUUUCACUUGUGGACUGAAAUGCAAUUACGGCCUCAAAGAAAUCUGCAUUAUAUACGUGCCAUCUUUGAAAAUGCUGUGGCUUGUCCAACAUCGCGACACUCUGUAGCCAUUUGGUUCAAUUACUUCUUGUUUGAGCUAUCUCAAAAGAAUUAUGAAAAGGCCAAACGUAUUAUCAUGCAAGCAGUCGUGGCAUGUCCUUGGUCAAAAGAGAUGGCGUUGCUAGCAGUUGAGAAGCUAGGAGGUAUACUGAGUAAUGAUGAGAUCCAAGCGUUACUGGAGAUUAUGAAACGUCGAGAUAUCCGAAUACGACAAACACUUGAUGAAUAUAAUGUAGACAUCUAG